CUGGAAUGCAUGAAAAUCAGAAGGUGCCAAGUCUGGUGAGUAGGCCGGAUGUGACAAGAGGUCCCAAUAGAAAAUCAGAUUUAUUACUAAAGCUAUGUUUAUUUUUUUUGUUUUUUUUCAUUUUAAAAAAAAUUUCUUUUGAUGCUUUAUUUUAAUCGAAAAAGUACAAAUUUGUACAUGUGAUUGUCACAUAAAUAAAUAAACUAAAAAUGCCCUUUUUUUUCGCCCACGCUUCACCUCCUCUUUCCCCGUUUCCCUGGCCAAUAUGAGCUCUUCGUUUGAUAUAUAACCUAUUUUAUUCAAAGAGCUCUUCGAGCUUGGUCGAAUGAUACCAUUAUCGGUUAGAUUUGAUCAUUCUGUACAAGAUUAUGAAUCUCAAUCCAGUAAGGCAACUGGGCUAUAGCUAUUUCUCUCCAUUAGCUAGUGCAAAAGGUUAUUUAUUGCAAAGGGUUAUUUGGCGACUGAGAGCGAGC